AUGUUGCUGACCCUUUGUUUUAGAGGAGCAAUGAAGAGAAUUGAAAACGACCUGCUGACAAUUGUGUCAGCUCGCGCCGAAAUCGCCGGCCCAGUCACCGGCAAAGAAAACAAAGAUGCCCCUGGUAAGCUGGAUAUCGGGAAGAGUGUAUUCAUGUUAUCCUCACUGACAUAUUGCAGAAAGGGUCGCCUGAAGAGGCUGAGCAAAAGCUGGAGGCAAGAAUUCUUUUGCGAUGAAAAUCUGCGCCAAACUUUGCGGAGAGUAGUGGAGCACAAGCAAUUUGUGCUUGAUCGAAUCGAGCAUUGGACGAAAGAGCUCGCUACUCGCACAGCUGGCCCGGCUGACAAGGAUGCCGACGCCCUCGCCGAUGAAGAGCAGGAGAAGGAGGACGAGAAGUACGAGGAGGAGGAGGAGGAGAAGGAGGAGAUCUAG